AUGCAACGUCCUCAGCGAGUGCAGAACAGACCAGUGGUCCGGAGACCUAAUCUCAACUUGGACGUGAUUUUUGGACAUGUCUUGAACAAUCUGACUGGAGAACCCGUUACUCCCGCGAAAGUGAGUCUAUUUUGUCGAUUUUCAGUGAUUUUCAUGUGGGAAUCGUUCAGGUCGCUACAUUCUACCUACUCCGUAUCCUAUUCCAAACUCACUUCGGAACGAGAAACGUUAGGAGCACAACGCCGUUCGAUACCGAGGAAAAGGCCAUGUAGACAAAAAAUCGGUAAACCCCUAUCCUAAAUGUGGAUUUCAGUAUUUUCCAAUGGUUCUACGGCGUGACAAACAUGGAGGAGGAGAUGACCUACAAGGAGUUUCGCGGGUUCAUGAGAAUCGCGUUCGCUUUCAACAGAAACAUAACCUUAAACUUCUUAGCCGCGUCAGUUGAGACCUUUCACGGAAAAAUAAGAAAUUAUGGGUUUCAGAAUGGAGCAGAUCGGCUCCGGCUACAACAACAUCAACCUCGCGAUGGAAGACGAGUUCUUUACCAACCGCCACGGCAGAGCCUGCUACAUUCCGGCUGAAGAACUGAGGAAGGAGCUUCCGUUCACCUCUAACCAAUCCUACAUCUACCGCUGGAUCAAAAGAGUUAGUUGUUCGAUAAAUUGGCAGUGCUCGGCGAUAUUUACCAUUAAAGGACCAGGGAACCCAAAAAAGUUUUGAUUUUUUUGUGAAAUGUUUUUGUGACUGUUUGAAUUGUCUCUUAUUGCCUCAUACACUGGUGAAAUGCUGCCUCUCAAAAAUGCCAAUGAACGAAACGGCAUGCAGUUGAAGUUGUGGCCGUGGCCUAGCGCCAAUGGCCGAAAAAUAUAUAAAAAUAUAUGCGCUUCUCGGCCAUUUUAUUUUUUUCCGCUUUUUUACCGUUUUUUUUUCAAAAAAUUCACUUUUUCUCCAAUUUUUCAGUUGAUUGACAUUUGUUCGGCACUUACUUAUUUUUUCACUGCUAAAAAAUUGUUUUCAUUCAGUCGAUAUGAAGUGCCAAAAUGGGAGAAACCGUGAAUUUUUGGAAAAAAAACCGGUAAAAAAGCGGAAAAAAUAAAAUGGCCGAGAAGCGCAUAUAUUUUUAUAUAUUUUUCGGCCAUUGGCGCUAGGCCACGGCCACAACUUCAACUGCAUGCCGUUUCGUUCAUUGGCAUUUUUGAGAGGCAGAAUUUCACCAGUGUAUGAGGCAAUAAGAGACAAUUCAAACAGUCACAAAAACAUUUCACAAAUUAAUCAAAAAAUUUUUGGGUUCCCUGGUCCUUUAAGUCAUCAGGAUUAGAGAAAACUGGCCCUAGUAGGAGUAUGAUGGGAUCGGGCCGGCUCUCAAGUUGCGAAAAUCUGAAAAUUCCCCGUUGUGCCGACUAGAAAUAAAACACCGCUGAAAUCUGUAAACUCUGAAGAAAAGCACGUAUUAGUAGUUCAAAAAAUUCAUAGUCAUCCAACAGAUCCCAGUUUCUUUGCGGAGUCACGCCGAAUGGAAGUGAAGGCUAUCUUUUAAUUUUCAGCUCCAAGCUCAGUGGGCGAAAACGACGCACAUGCAAAUGCUCCAACUCAACGACAUCAUGCGUUAUUGGAUCAAUAAGGGAACCAUCACGUAAGUUGCUGUGCGCGUUUUCUUUUCAUAAGCUUUCAGUGUUUCUCAUAUACCAGACCGGGCCGAGUCGUAAGAAAACUUCCACCUAGUUUUUUCCCAAUGUUCACAAGAUUUUUCAGACUGAAGGGACUCAGGAACUGGCACCGAUUCAUUGACUGCUCACUGAGAUCCAGACAGUGGGUCAAUCACGCGAUCAUUUGCAUGGAUGUAAGAUUCCCUCUAUCCUAACUGUCUGUAUAAACAUAUUAUACUUUCAGCGUGAGCCCGAAUUCACAUUCAGCUAUCGCAGUGUGAUCAAAUAUGCGAGAAUCGUCGGCAACCGCUGGAAGGACAUCAGCGAAGCGGUAGACAUAAGACAAACAUAACUCGUCAAAGUUUGAUGUUUUUUCAGUGGUUGCUCGAAGCUGCCGCCUACGUCGAACUGAAGGAUGCUGACAUGGCCAUCAAGGCGCUGAAGAAGUUCUUCGACCAUCAGAUGGUCGAGCUCAACGAAAAUGUGGUGCAGGUCGCUCGCUCAUUCCGCCUGGCGGUGACCAAUCAGGACCCGCUCCUUUUCGCUCCGAUUCUCCAUGCCAGAGUCAGCAAAAAAUUCGGUGAUUAGUGAGUUUUGUGUGAGCGUAACAUCUGCGAACCAUGUUAUUUUCAGCAAGACUGCCCGUCAACUGCUUCGAGAGAGUAUCCAGCAGGCUCAGCUCAAAAGUGAUAUUGUGUGCCAUCAACUUGCCAAUUUCGAGCUGCAGACUCUUGAAACGCUGGGAGUUAACGCAUUGCUCGAGUACAAGUUGGACGGUAACCACCUUUGUUGUCUUUCGCAUAAUUUCUCUAAUUUCUUACAGAAACCGAAGAAAACAGAGAGGAAGAUCCGCGUGUGCAGAGAAAAACGCUGAAGCACAUCGACAAGUGAGUUCUCUCGGACCUCGAGGCCCACGAACAUAUUGAUUUUUACAGUCUUCACCUGGAAGUGGCCGGAACUCCGUGUUGUUCGCACAGCGAGGAGGAUUUCGAGUUUGUCGCCGAACUGGAUUGCUUCGGAAAGCUGCUCAUGACGCUGCGAUCAAUUGCUGCCUGCACAUUCCGACUGUAAGAGAACAUUUUCGAGUUUCCACCGCGGAAAAAACGUUUUUUCCAGGCCGCUCCGUAGACUGGCCGAUUUUGGAAUUCAUUGCUUGCUCAGCCACGAUUUCGAAAGCAGAGGAAGAAAAAUUGAGGCGUAUGGAUUCUCGAUUAUCACCAGCAACAUGUGAGUUAUAGAAAAAAAAAGCCAAUGCUGUUAAUUUGUUAUUCAGGAUCCGUAACGGCAUGUACCAGCAAGCUCUCGAGCAUUCUCGUAAAAUCGUCCAAUGCGCCUACGCCUCGAAACGCCCAGAAGUCACGUACACUGAAUCCUACGUAAGUGAUAAAUUAUUUCACAGUUUCAUUUUCGCAUACAAUUCCAGGCGGUUAAUUCGGCGAAUUUGGUGUAUUCUCUAGCUGCGGCGGGAGAAAUGGCGAAGGCAAAAACAAUUCUGAGCACGAUGAAGUCGAAGUUCAACGAAAAAAAGCGUUGGCUGAGCUACCGUCACGUCCACAUUUGCUUCGCGAUUGUCAAAUUCCAAGAGCGCUUUUUCAAAAACGAUUACACCGGAUCCAAGCACAUUAUCUCGAAUCUGAUAACCGUUUCGGAAUUGGAGUUCAACCUCAAGUGAUAGCCCCAAUUUAAUAGAAUGUUUACAAAAUUGUUUAAAUUUUUAGGCAAUCGCUGGUGCUUGCGGGCAUGGGAAGAAUCGUCGAGGCUAAGCAACUGCUGUUCGAUUUCAAAACCAUGGAUAUCCGUGGUCAGAUUCGUGUCCACAUGCAAUUAGCCACGUAUCACACGGCGACCAAGGACUACGACAAAUGCGAUUUGUCACUUGCGGAGGCAAUGAAGCUGGCGGUGGCCACAUCUUUGAUGGAUGUUCGAGGAAUGAUUAAGAGAAGACGCGCCACGAUGCUGGUGAGUUUUCAAUUUUUAGUGAUCUUUUUCUAAUAAAUCUUCAUUCAAUAUAUCAAAAUAUUCCAGAUGUGUCGCGAGAAAUACGCCGAUGCACUGUUCACCCUUAAGAACUGCUUCGAAGUCGUGACCACGAACGGAACAUUCUUCGAGAAGGCUUGCUUCUUCAUGACUGCCGCAAGAUGCAGUCGCAUGCUCAAUAGAGGUUGGUAUUCUCGACUUUAUCUAGAGCCCCUCAUCUCUAUUUUCAGACCCACGUAUCUGGCUCCAACACGCUCGUCGGCUGCCGCUGAAGAACAACUGGCCAACGAUGGAGAAGGCCAUCUUUAUGGAGCUCGCUGCUCUGCACGAACCGAACGGAUUGUUGCCCGACCCGGAACGAUUGGCACAGUCCCGACAGGCGUUUGCCAACAUCCACAACAACUGGCCGGGAAGAUGUGACUGGAUUCUGAUCUGA